UCAAUAUUCUAUAUAUAAAGGGGGAGAAAAGGCGUCCUAUAUCUGCCAUCAUGUUCGCUGAACUCGCUCCCUACCUCUCCAACCCACGCCAGACCUUAGCACAAAUCCUCAAUUUCGCCCUCGUCCUCUCUACGGCUUUUAUGGGAUGGAAGGCCCUGUCAGUAUAUACCAACUCGCCCUCGCCCAUUGUCGUGGUGCUGUCGGGAAGUAUGGAACCGGCCUUUCAGCGCGGUGACCUGCUAUUUCUAUGGAAUAAUAGUCCGCGCGCAGAAGUUGGGGAAAUAGUGGUGUAUAACGUGCAGGGGAAGGAUAUUCCAAUCGUUCACCGAGUUAUCAAGGCGUUUGGGGCCGGAGACGGAGGGAAUAAGAGUCAGAGGAGGCUCGAGAGGGAGGCGGAUAAGCCUAGCGGACCCGGCCUAUCUUCUCCUCUCUCACACCAGAUUCUCACAAAAGGCGACAACAACAUCGCAGAUGACACCGAACUCUACGCACAAGGCCAAGAUUACCUUGAUCGCAAGCUGGAUAUUGUUGGCAGCGUGCGAGGAUACAUCCCAGCCGUUGGAUACGUGACGAUCAUGCUGGCGGAGAACCCAUGGAUGAAGACGGUCUUGCUAGGAAUCAUGGGUGUGAUGGUGAUGUUACAGCGGGAAUAG